AUGGGAUAUAAAGAGCAGCUGUCGCUUCACAAGGCAAGAGGAGAGAGGAACACCAACCAACAGCAUACGAUACCAAUAACCCCCAUCCAAGAUGAGGCGAGCCAGCCGCGGAGGGGACGAGACCGCUACUCCCCAUCAGAACGGAGUGUCUGGGGGGUAGAGGAGGCAGCGGAGGGGACGAGACCGCUACUCCCCAUCAGAACGGAGUGUCUGGGGGUAGAGGAGGCAGCGGAGGGGACGAGACCGCUACUCCCCAUCAGAACGGUGUGUCUGGGGGUAGAGGAGGCCGCGGAGGGGACGAGACCGCUACUCCCCAUCAGAACGGUGUGUCUGGGGGUAGAGGAGGGAGCGGAGGGGACGAGACCGCUACUCCCCAUCAGAACGGUGUGUCUGGGGGUAGAGGAGGGAGCGGAGGGGACGAGACCGCUACUCCCCAUCAGAACGGAGUGUCUGGGGGUAGAGGAGGCAGCGGUGGCGGCAGGCGGCGGUGGUGAUGAUGAUGAUGAUGAGGCCGGGUGCAGCCCAGCAGACAUGCAGGAUGAGGACAAUGAUCCGGCACGGAGGAGAGAGAUCAGGAGCAAAUACAGGGACCUCAUCAACUCUGUUCAACAGAACAGAGAGGACAUGUUGAGUCCCACCAACAACAAACUGACAGACGUGUUGGAGGAGGCCAACAAACUGUUUGCAGAAGUCCGUCAGGCCCGUGAAGCAGCUCUCGACGCCCAUCUCCUGGUGCUGGCUACAGACCUGGGGAAGGAGAAGGCCAGCCAGCUACACGCUGAGGGAUCAGCCUUCGAUCCCUCAGCCUUCGCUGAACACCUGUUGUCGUUCAUGGGUUUGAAUCGCCUGGAGGAUGAAGAUGAGGAGGAGGAGGGUGGCGCGAGCGGUGGCUACCUCCCCCAGGACUCGUGGCAGAGGGUGGCUAAUAGAGCUCAACGCUGCUUCAGGACUGCUCCGUCCUUCCACUACAUGAUGGGAUCGUUCCUGGCUGAGCUGCCUUCACCUCGCCAGAGGGUAGAGAGACAGAGGAAAGCCCCCAGCAAGGAAGUCAAGAGGAUCAUGCCAACUCAGGUCUCCGCUUUAACACUGACCCCAACCUGACUGUACUGUAGGAGUCACCCCUUUGUCAUACUGUUGUUUGACCCCAACCUGACUAAUGACUCCUGUAUUCUCUUGUCACGUUGUCUUUUCAAGCACGCUUCCAGGGAUAGAAAUGAAGCUAGACCGCUAGCCUGAGGCUAGUACCGUUCAGACCGGGCUAGUAGAAAAUGUCUCAUAGCACUGAUCUUAGACCUGGGAUCUACUAGCCUGGCUUGCCAGUGCACAAAAUCCUUAAGUUCCAGCAAUUCUAGUUGAUGACCAGCCCAGCCCAGUACAGUUUGGCUUGGCUUGGCUUGGCUCGACCCUUCUCUGUUUUACAUAAAGUAGCUUUGCAAUAGGGUUUUUGAUAAGGAGAUCAGUUUGAUCAGCGAUCAGCCUGGAUGUACAGUACCAGUCAAAAGUUAGGACAC